AUCAACGUCAAGGUUGUACACGCGAGUGGCGAGGAGGUCUUCUUCAAGAUCAAGAAGAACACGCACCUGUCAAAGAUCAAGAAUGCGAUCGGUCAGCGCCAAGGCGUCAACCCCCAAGGCCUCCGACUCGUGUUCAACGGCGAGCGUGUCCCAUCCCUGGGAAGCGAGACGCCCGAGGAGUGCGGGAUGGAAGAUGGCGACGUGAUUGAUGCCUUGCAGGAGCAGAUGGGU